GGCGUGUGCUGCCGUAUCCAGUGCUUUAAGUGAAGCGCUGCUCGGAGGGCGGAGUGUGUUUCGGAGCCAGAAAACUGAAUUAUUUCUAUAUUUUCAACAGUGCAGAGGAGAAAAAUCCGUUUCGACGCCCGUAUGGAUUGGACCUUUUGAUCGGAAUCCUAGGACAUCUGAUGUAAACCAAGCGGAGAGAGAAUAUUAUUGUAAAUCCCCACACACACACACACACACACACACACACACACACACACACACACACACACACACACACACACACACACACACAGACAAAUGUAACGGUGUGUAAAGGAAACACAACAACAACAACAACACAGGAGUCAGGUGGGAGUAAAGCGUCUACAGGUGAACAGAGGAUGCUGUGAAGGGUGAACAGAGAUCUGUGACCAGGUUUAAAGGACAUGGCGGUGAUCAGACUGUCGCUGCUGCUGCAGGUGGGUUUUGUUGUGGGCGCGCACUGCACGGUUCUGGCACCGAGAAGGGACGAGCAUCAUCAUCAGCAGCUUCAUCAUCCUCAACAUCAGCAUCAACCUCAACAUCAGCAUCAGCAACUGCCGAGGGUCGUGGCUGCGUUUCUGCACACAGGCGACCCGUCAGCGCUCGAGCGCGCCAACUGCACCGGGAGGUACGAGCUGAAUGCGUUGCGGGCCGGUACGCGCGUGCACCAGCACCCAGCCGCCCGCCCUGCGCUGCACGCUCUCAUGCACGCCGCAAGCUUCCUCCGGGCUCUGUUGAGGGAACGGGAACGGGAACGGAACCUCGUGCGCGACCUGGAGUGGUGCCGCGCACUAGUGCGUAGCGUUGUGGAAGGAGACGCCAGGAUCCACCGCGCCGCCGUCGUGUUCGAUGCCGCCUCAUCCUCCUCCUCCUCUUCCUCGGCGGGUCACCAGCCGCGCGUCUUCCUCCAGGCCACGCGCCGCGGCGGAGACAUCGUGCUGCAAGACCUGUCCGCGUCGGCACGCGACUUCUUCCGAAACGAGACCGCAGACACCGAGUGGUAUCACGCGCACAGACGCGAGAUGAGACGCGGGGACGAGGGUCACGUGGUUGAAAGUACACACGUGAAGUGGUCGGCUCCGUUCCUGGAGUGCGAGGCCGGGAGUUUUGUCCCGAGGUGGCUCCUGACCUUGUCCACCGGGUUUCACGGGCUGAAGCCGAACCAGUCUCCUGACUUCAGGGGAGUUGUUCGUUUGGAUAUCAGCCUACAGGAUGUGGAUAUUGAUCAGUGUUCCACCGACGGCUGGUUCGCAGGAACUCACAGAUGCAACCUGACCAGCAUGGAGUGCCUCCCCAUCCCGGGUCAAGGCUUCGUCCUGGACAAAUACAAAUGCCAGUGUAAGAGAGGCUUCUUCCAGCCCAGCAGAGUAGCCAUCAACGGCAUCAAGAGGAAGGCCGUGAGUUCCCGUGACCCUGCGGGCUCUAGCGUGUGUCUGCCCUGUGAGGAGGGAUGUAUAAACUGUAAGGACGAUACACCGUGUGUGGCUCACGGUGAAGGAUAUCUCCGUAUCGCCGUGCUGAUCCUCCAGGCCAUCUGCAUGCUGCUGGACUUCAUCAGCAUGGUGCUGAUUUACCACUUCCGCAGGAACAAGAGCAUCAGGGCUUCAGGACUGGUUCUGCUGGAAGCCAUCUUGUUUGGAGCUCUUCUUCUCUACUUUCCUGGUGUGGUCCUGUUCUUCCAGCCCAGUGUGUUUCGCUGCAUCCUGCUCAGAUGGGUGCGCAUGCUUGGCUUCGCCACCGUGUACGGAACCAUCACGCUUAAAUUAUACAGGGUUCUGAAGGUGUUCCUGUCUCGCACGGCUCAGCGGAUCCCGUACAUGACCAGCUGGAAGGUCCUGUGCCUCUUGUGCAUCAUUCUCCUGAUUGUUCUCUGGUUCCUGGUGGCAUGGACUUUGGCUGUGUGCCAGAACCCAGACUGGCACUUGGCACUGAUCACCGUGGGCUUCACCCCAGAGGGUCUACAGUUCAGUAUGUGCCUGCUGGACCGCUGGGAUUACAUGAUGGCAGUAGCCGAGUUCCUGUUCCUCCUGUGGAGUGUGUAUCUGUGUUACGCUGUGAGGACAGUGCCUUCAGCCUUCCACGAGCCACGCUAUAUGACCUUCGCAGUGCACAACGAGCUCAUCAUCUCAGCUAUAUUCCAUGUGAUCAGAUUUACUUUUGCGUCCGAGCUGCACCCUGAUUGGAUGCUUAUGCUGUUCUUCGCUCACACUCACUUGACAGUGACAGUUACCCUGGGGCUCUUACUCCUCCCAAAGUUUCUGUUUGCGGGGACACACCUGAGGGACGACAUUGCGACCGAGGCCUACGAGGACGAGUUGGACAUGGGACGGUCAGGGUCCUACCUGAACAGCAGCAUCACAUCUGCAUGGAGUGAACACAGUCUAGACCCAGAAGACAUACGGACACCAGACGAAAUGGGCCAGCUCAGUUCUAUUAAUGGCUGUGGCGUAAGGUCUUGCGACAGUCUUUGGGAAAAAUAUACCAAUGAGGAGUUGAAAAAGCUUUAUUCCCAGUUGGAAAUCUACAAACGGAAGAAGAUGUUGGCUAACAACCCCCACCUGCAAAAGAAACGCAGCUCCAAAAAAGGCCUGGGACGCUCACUCAUGAGGCGCAUCACCGAGAUUCCAGAAACGAUGGGCCGCCAGCAUAGCCGCGAGGACAAGGAGCUGGGGGAACAUGGUAGUAACUGUAACAGCAUCUGUGUCCUUAGGAAGAAUCCUUUUGAGCCAUCACAUUCAACGAAAACUGCAAAGGAGGAGUCCUUGAAGAACAUGGCCUUCUCCCUGAAGAAGUCACACAGCAGUUACGAUCAUGUUCGAGACCAAAGUGAGGACUCAAGCAGCUCAGCAACUGAUAAGAUGGAAGUAUCCACCACAGAAGGAUCUCUUCUAGAAACAUUGAUGGGUAAGAAGCUGGUAAAGAAAAAGUCAUCGGAGAAGAUUGACGUUGCCAGCGAGUCAACCGAAUCGGUUCCUUUGGUGUGUAAAUCAGCCAGCGCUCACAAUCUGACAGCUGACAAGAAACCUCUUCACCCGAGGACAUCUAUGCUGCAGAAAUCACUCAGUGUCAUUGCCAGCGCCAAAGAGAGGACCCUGGGUCUAUCAGGAAAGACCCAGUCUAUAGAGGACCCCAACAAAAAUGUUCAACAUAAGAACAAAGAAACUAAAAGCCCUGUUGAAAAUGAAGAGGGCUAUAUGAAGAUGAUCAUAAGCCAGUCAGUAGAGUAUAAGCAGACAGCUGGAAAAGCUGGAAUAAUGAAACAUCAAGUUAGUGAAAGCCAACCGGCCAUCUGCUCUGAGACAGCGAAAGGGAAAGAUAUUUACAAUAUUUCUGAGGUGUGUCCUUGGGAAUUAGAGGAUUUACCCACUCCUUCAGAGAACAAGGUACAAAAGCAUGUGUCUAUUGCAGCAGAAGAGUCGACCACAAUUCACUCCAACAGCACCAAGGCAACCAAACAGCAGAAGCAGAAAGGCACGGACCAGUCACCUUCUUCGACCCGACGACCCAAUCAGAAGCCUAUCGACAGAGCAGAUGUCUGUUCUUGGGAGGAUGGUAGUAAAGAAAACCAAGGUCAAAUAGACUGGUCAAAACCAAAUUUCUCCAGCCAACAUGCUCAGUCUCAAAUACAACCAUCUACAGACAGAACCAAAUCUCAAAAAGCAGACAUAGUACCUUGGGAGUUUGACGAAUUGCCAAAAAAAUCUAUAGACUCAACCUGCUCGAUUGAUCAUGGCAGAACCAAAACCUCAACCGCAGAGACCAAAACCAAAUCAAGCACAGCUGCGAUGGACAUGAAAGGCAAGGGCACUAUCCUAACUGAGAGGAAAGUGAAAGACAUUCUCCCUGAGGCUUUCAAAUCUUCAGGAAGCUCUCUGCAGGCAUCUUCCAAGGCAGACAUCUGUCCAUGGGAUUAUGAAUCAACAAGCCCUACCACUGAAAAGAUUCCCAGUCCUUCUCAGGUUUCUAAAAUGAAAGAGACCACAGCUACAAAGAAGGGGGCAGCCCCUGUGAGAACAUUCCAGAAAGAAAAAGAGAAGAUGAAGGUUUUGGAUGAUGAGAAAGCCAGAACAAAGUCAAAAGACAAGCCUCCUUCAGUUAAUCCAACAGAGAGACCUCUCAGCCAAGCCAAAUUGUCUGAGAUUUGUCCUUGGGAUAUGGACAGUAGUCACAACAUGGGUGACAUGGAAAAACAGAAAAGUCCAAACUCGGCAAUAGGGAAAACCAAGCAAGCUGCUAUAAGUCCAUGGGAUUUUGAAGAUCCAACAACGACUAAAGAAGUUACCAGAAACACUGAUUCUUCUAUAGCGAAACAGAAAAGUCCCAGUUCGAAAGGAGAUCCAGGUGGUGCCAAAAUGGCAGAAGUAUGUCCAUGGGACUUUGAUGACCAAACGUCAACGAAAAAAGCAUGACAUUCGAUCAAUACGGACGACUAAAAACGUAGUUCUCAUCGUACUUGCAUUGUGUCAUCUUACAAAACCCUGGAAUAUGAACUAUAGAUAUCAUUAAUUACGGUGACUUCUGGGAAUAAAAUUAAGUCACACAAGCUGCCUUUCUUUACAAUUUUUUUUUCCUUAGUGCUUUUUGAAAAAAAAAGUGAAGAAACUAAAACUAAAAAAUAAAUGCAACAAAAUCAUCAAGCAUUCCAGAUUCUUACAAAGUACUCUUUAAUCACUAACAGUAGUAUGAGAAUUAUGCAACUCUUUAUGUGCAAUGUAGAUCAACCUGCCUUUCCUCAUCACAUAUAUCCUUAUUUAUUAAUCUGAAUUUUCUUAAUUCCAUAAUAGCUGCAUCUGUAGCAUGGUCUGUCUGACUAUGUCAAUCAUAUGGGAUUGUAAAAUUAAUUACACGUUCCGGCAAACUUCCAGAGCGCCUGGAAAAAAUCUAUGUAUUUUAACAAUACUCAGAAGGAGCAUGCAUGAAUUGUCUUAGGAUAAGCAUGAUCUUUGGUGUUUUAUGUCGAAGUUGGGUUGGAAACGAUGUUUAAGGAAAUUGCCAAAGACGGAAGUGACGUACAAAGGUAUCAUGUGAGUAAUACACAAGAGUACUCCAACGCAUAUCAAAUGCAAAUCUCUUUACAUUUCUGUUGUGAACCCAAUCCAUGUGGUUGCUUGUGGGAAAAUUAGCCUGUAGCACUUUAGUAACUAGUAUAUUCUCGGACAAAAAGAGGUGUGUACAUACAUACAGUCUGCAUUCAUGUUAAUCAAAUCGUUUGUGUUUAUUUAUCGUGUCAUCCUCGUGCCGGACAUGACGUUAUCUUUUGACACACGUCAUCCAUUAUCAUUUUAAUAUUCAUCUACCCUGAACACCCUUUCAAUGCUUCCAAAGUUGCUGGUAUGAACGUGCCUAUCUGAAGAGUCUUGUAUCCGUCCUACGUCAUAUUAAGGGAAAGCACAGCUUCUAUCUUGUCCCGUGUUUACGCACUUGUAUCCUAAGAGUCGAAUAAGAGACCCAUCUCAUGUCGGUGAAAUGCAGUCGCUUUAAGUGGAAUUUUAUUGGCACCCUUCAGGAAAAUGAAUAACGUACGUAUAUGUUAUGGAGUGAUCUUUAAAUCAUAAACAUACAGUAUAAAUUAAAGCCGUACAACUUGAUUCACAUUAACAAGUGACAGAAAACAAACUUUUAUAUUUUAAGCACAUGUACAACAGUUGAACUGGUGCCUACCUGUAAUACCUUCCUGUUUCCUGUUCCGUGCACAAUGACGUAAGGAAAGCGUUGUGAUAACCGUGGUUUCAUUUCAUGCUGUCAAACAACCUCUCAUUCAGAGAUUAUUGGGGUUUCUUGUGAAUAUAUAUCCACACAUACAUACAUACAUACAUGCAUACAUACAUAUAUACAUACAUACAUACAGUAGCUAGUACAGCACAGCUAGCUUGCAUUGCUAAUCUGCGAACGAAACUACGACAAAAGUGAGCUUUAAAAACUGUUUAUAGCUUUCUCAUCAGGAUGCUGGAUAGCAUAUGCCCCAAAGCAUAUGCUCCACUUAGUGGAAUUCAUGAUGUCAUGCCCAUCACUCAUCACUCUGGACCACCAGCAGCCCCAAAGCAUAAAUGGUCCAGCACCUCCUGACAAAGGUGGUGCACUCACUGCCCUUAUUGCCACUAUAAUCAGUCCCUCCAGGACUCUACAUCGGUUUUGUCAUCGUUGCAGACAAAAAUGCUUGAGGUUUUGCUUGUUUUUUGGGUAAAACUACUUGAAUUGGUAAAAUCACAAGCACAGGAUUCUUCUUUUAAAUUUGUCUACCAGUCAAGACACAUAUGUAAUGACAUUCUUUGUAAGAUGUACUCAUGUUUUAUAUACUUGAGCUUUGGAUGAACAAUGCGAUCAUGUCCGAUGGCACAUCUCACCCCAAAUCUGCAGAAAAUCUGCGUUAUUUUGAAUAAAUAUAUAUAAAGAGAGAGAGUUUAAAUCUUUAAAACAAUCUAUUUCCUGAUGGGUGCUGAUAAAUCCGAAGAUGACUGACAGCCCUGGCUUUUCUCCUUUAAAAUAUUUAAUUUGUUUAAUGCUUUAAAGCAUUUUUAACACAGUGUUUCUGAUAAUGUUCAAGACACGGCUGUAAUCGUAGCAGUGUCUCCAUCGCUUCCGUGUCCUAUAACGUGAAGAGUGAACGAUGUCCAAUUUUUGAUGCUACCAGAUCGGUGGACUUUAUAUAUCUGGCACAAACCAUUUGAAAGCUGGACGCCCAGAAUUAGAGACGCUCAGAGUGCUUUAUAUAAACGAUUCGGUCAGAUCUGAGUCAGGAAUCAGGUUUAUUGUUGUAUCUUGAUUUACUAAUAAGUUUGUACACCCUUAGAAAGUUGAGGGUUUUUUUUAUUGUUCAUCUAUGAACGUUAGAAUCAACCACUGUAUUGUACCUCAUCCUUCCAACCGUUUAAUGUUAAUCGUUACAAAUUUCCGAAUGACGUCACUUUACACUCUGCCAUCAAUGCAGUAGUUGAUGCACUGCAGCGAUGAACAUGAUGCUGAACUUCAUCACGCUUGUAGAACGUUAUUAAGGUUUAACCUUCCGAUUUCAAACGGACAAAUUUAUUAAUAAACUGAUGAAAUGUAUAUUUAAGCAAGCUGAUUGGAUUCUAAUAUAAACACAUUUGUUAUUAUGCUGUAAUUUUUGUCAGGAAUUCUGAAUGAAGUGGAUUGUUGUGGCUCAAUUAUUUAAGGCUCUGAGUUGUUGUGUGGUGGCUCAGGGUUCCAGCCCCAGCACUGCCAAGCUACCACUGUUGUGCCCUUUAGCAAGGCCCUUAAUGCUCUCUGCUCCAGGAGUGCUCUAUCAUGGCUGAUCUUGUGCUCUGACCCCAACCUCUAAAGUUGGGACAGGCAAAGAAAAUAUUUCUCUGUGCUGUAAUGUAAAUGGGACAAAAUAAAGGCUUCUGUAAUUAUGAAAUGGUUUAUUAAACAUAAUAGAAAUAAAACAAAUCAUAAUCAGAGGAUUGAAUCGAAAAUAACAAACAGGUAAAAAUUAAAUGAACAUGUAUAGUGUUGAUGAAAGUCUUUCCUUUGUGUCCGACUGAAUAUCAGUAUGAGAUAGGCACAGGCUCCCCGUGACCCGAGAAGUUCGGAUAAAGCGGUAGAAAAUGAGAGAGAGAGAGAGAGAGAGAGAGAGAGAGAGAGAGAGAGAGAUGAAUAUCAGUAAAGACAGUAGGUGUUAAUUCAUCACUAAGAUACUGUACAGGGAAGAGAGUCUGAAAUACAGUGUGCAGGUCUGCUAGUGUUCAAGUGAGUGAAACAGUGAGACGUACCGUAUCCUGAAGACAUUUAUCUCCUACAGCAUGUUCUUGUGUUUAUACAGUCGAACUCAGCUUUAUUUUCCAGCUAUGGCUAUGAUGUGAGCUAAAUGACAGAGAGAAAAUUGUCACUCCUGAUUGGUUCUUGUUCUGUAAUUCUCGGGUUUUACACGGUCUGAUACAAAAUUUGAUGAUGUCAAAUGUCAAAAAACUAACAAAAAAGAAGGUUACAAAAGAGCUAGUUGAAGCUAGUUAAAGUUAGUCACCCUACAAUCUAAACUCUCACCUCUUCAGGAACCUUAUAACCCCUUUAUUUUCUAAGAGUGUACCAACUGUAUAAGUACCAAAGAGUUUGAACUCGCUACAGACACUCCAUAAAAGUAAGAAACAAUCGAGAUGCCUUAGCUCUCGUAGGAGAUGAGCCCAUGUCUAUGUCAGAACGUUGAUGGCUGAUGAAAAUUUGAAAAAAAAAAAAAGCUAUACUUUUAAACCUGUUGUAUGAUGUUUUAAUGCAUUAAUCCAAAUUGUUCACUCAAGACUUUAACAAAGUGAAAAUUAAAAAAAAAUGAAAGAAUAAAAAAGCCUGCUCGUUGUGUCGCACACUCCUCGAGUGUGGCGUCCCAUGCUAUAAAAAACAACGUGUGGUUUAGAUGUUCUUAGCUAGACGGACGUGUGAAAUCUUGCCGUCUUUGUCACAUAGAGAAUGUUCCUGGGAAUGUUCGUUGUUUUGUGGUGCAUCUAUCUAGCGUUCCCGAGUCCGUCCAUCAGCUCUCCAGUGUGUCGUACGCCAUGAGCGCUCCUCCACUCGUCGUGACCUGCGAACCUAAAAACGACCUUACAGUAGUUUAAUUUCUGCCGAUUUAUUUUCCGAUAUUUGUGUCUGUUCGCUUUUCCCCCUGAUCCUUUAUAGAUGUGUGUGAAAGAGACUCACCAGGGAAACUCUACUAACUACUACCACUUAAUGCUGUAAUGUCUUAACUAUCGCUAUCGUGGCUUUUGCAUGAUCCGAUAAAAUUAGUAGGACUGAUGUUACACUGCCCUUGAUAGAACUUUAAAAUAAUAAUAAUAAAAAAAUAAUAAAUACAUUUUACUUUUGGUCUUUUAUGGACUGUUAACAAGUUGCAUAGUGAGUAAAACUGUAACUAACCCACUGUAAUUUGUGGUUGUUAUAAUAAAUGCUCUAUGACAAGCUACUAGCAUACACUUAAUGGAGAUUUGGUAGAUUUAUAUGGUGUUAUAUUGUGAUAGCAUGUACAUAAAAUACCUCCUCUG